AUGACCUCUUCACCAUCACAUCUUCAAAUUCCAGUUAAUGAUAUUAAUGAUGAGGAGGAGAAUAGUGAUCGAGAAGCAUCUGAGGAACAAGAACAAGCUGUAGAUGUAAUUGAAGAAGGUGAAGAAAGAACAGGGUUAUUGAAUGGCGUUUUAACUGAAGAAGAAAAAGGAAGGACAGCAACUGAAGCAUAUCGAAUAUUAGUUUUAAGAAUACUUCUGAUUAUGUUAUUAAUAUUAAUGUUAGUUGGAACAAUUAUAUUAACAAUAUUUCCACCAAGAACACAUGAUGAUAAAAUAGGAUCGUUAUAUUCAAAUGGAACCCAUGAAUUUCAUAACACUGUUAUAUUAGUAUCAUUUGACGGAUUUAGAUCAGAUUAUUUAGAUAGAAAUUUUACUCCAACCAUUCAGAAAUUUAUUCAGAAAGGAUUAAAAGCCGAAUAUCUUGUGCCAUCUUUUCCGUCGGUAACUUUUCCUAACCAUUAUUCAAUCGUAACAGGAUUAUAUCCAGAAUCACAUGGAAUAGUAGCAAAUGAAUUUUAUGAUCCAAUAUUAAAAGAUGAUUUUUUUUAUAUAAAUCCAAAUAAGAGUUUAGAUUCAAAAUGGUGGAAAGGAGAACCAAUAUGGGUGACAACCGUUAAACAAAAUCAAAAAUCGGGAGUAUCAAUGUGGGUUGGAUCAUCAUCAGUUAUCGAUGGACAUGUUCCAACAUAUUCCCAUGUAUAUAAUAGUAGUCGUAGUAUGCAUGAAAGAAUAGAGCAUAUCAUCAAUUGGUUAGAUAUGGAAUUAGAGGAUAGGCCAACAUUCCUGGCUGGAUAUGUUAGUGUAGUUGAUUCUAUGGGACAUAAAUUUGGACCCGAUUCUCAGGAAGUUAAUAAAGCUCUUGAAGCUGUCGAUGAUUAUGUUAAAAUAUUAUUAAAUAAAAUUGAGGAAAGAAAUUUAACUGACAUUGUCAACAUAAUCUUUGUUAGUGACCAUGGAAUGGCACAAACAAUACCAUCAAAUAUAAUUUUUUUAGAUAAUGUGUUUAAUAUAUCAAAAAUACACCCAUUAGAAGGCUUUCCGAUAGGUGGGAUACGUCCAUAUAAUGAUUCUGAUAUAAAUGAAAUCUUUGAUUUACUUCAAAAUGCGAGUGAAAGUCAACCAUGGACAUGUUAUUUAAGAGAAAACAUUCCAGAAAGGUUUCAUUAUAGAAAUUCGGUUAGAAUCGCUCCCAUUAUUUGUAUACCACCUGUUGGUUGGGUAUUAACUAAUCAUAGAGAUUUUAAUGAGAAAUUGCCACGAGGUGCGCAUGGUUAUGAUAAUCAAGAUCCUACCAUGAGGGGCAUAUUUUUAGCUAAUGGUCCAUAUUUCAAAGAUAAGAAAGGGGGAGACGAUGGAAGAGUUGUCAAUCCGUUUAUUAACGUUGAAAUUUAUAACACUUUAUGUAAAAUUUUGGGAUUAAAACCUGCUCCUAAUAAUGGUACAGUUGAUGGAAUUAUAUAA